CCCGUGCGUUGCACGGUUUUAAUACUAGUUUACUAAAAUUGCCAAACACCAUAAAGGAAAAAAUAACUUCCCCAAAUCAUUUUCCCAAACCUAAGUUUAAUGUCUUAGGUAGAUUUCGUUAAAAUUUUGGUAAUUUGGCUAGUUCUAUAUUAUCAUCGGUAUUGCCGCUUUUUUCUAAAAUUUCCUUUUCCAAAAUGUUUAGCUCCGAGAUUUGGUUAGGAAAUUUGAGUGCACUAGUUCCCGGCGAAGUUCAAUACCCGACCAAGAUUUCGUCGGAAUCGAUUAAAGUAAUUAGCGGGGGAGGAUUGUUUCUCGAAGAUUCGGUUCCGGCAUCGUUCGUAUCGUCUAUCACUAACCGGAGUUCUUCUGCGUCAUCCUCUAGUACCGUUUCGUUUGCUGCUCGGUGCGAUCGCUGGAGAUGGAUCGGUGCGGCGGAGGUAUGCCGGCGGGGAGGCCGAGGGAUGUUCUUGUCUGUGUCAUUGACGGUGAAGGGAGAAAACGGCGAGGACUCGAGCGAGAUUUUGGGGCCGAGCGGUGAGAAUGGCGUGGCUAGAGAGGCAGAGGCGUAUCGGCUGACGGGGGAGGAAGAGAAGCCUAGGGUUCGUAGCGGAGGUCAGCGCGCCUUGAACGUUACUAAGCAUCUCUGGGCUGGAGCUGUUGCCGCUAUGGUCUCUAGAACCUUUGUUGCACCUCUAGAGAGACUAAAACUGGAGUACAUGGUCCGUGGUGAGCAGAAAAAACUUUUUGAUCUCAUCAGGACAAUUGCUGUCAGUCAAGGAAUUAAGGGGUUUUGGAGAGGGAAUUUGGUCAAUAUUUUACGCACUGCUCCUUUUAAGGCUAUAAACUUCUAUUCUUAUGAAAAGUAUAAGGACCGUCUGCUCAAAUCAUCGGGCAAUGCAGAAACAACAAACUUUGAGAUGUUUAUUGCUGGUGCAGCGGCUGGUAUCACUGCUACUGUGCUCUGCAUACCCAUGGACACUGUCAGGACAAUAAUGGUAGCACCUGGAGGGGAAGCCCUGGGAGGCAUAAUUGGUGCUUUCCGUCAUAUGAUCCGAACCGAAGGGUUCUUCUCCCUUUACAAAGGACUGCUUCCUUCUAUCAUAAGCAUGGCACCCUCAGGUGCAGUUUUCUAUGGCGUGUAUGAUAUUUUGAAAUCGUCUUAUUUGCAUUCACCGGAAGGGAGGAAGCGGCUACAGAAUAUGAAGGAACACGGUGAAGAACUGAAUGCAUUGGAACAAUUGGAGAUGGGUCCAUUAAGAACUUUGAUGUAUGGGGCCAUUGCUGGUUGUUGCUCUGAAGCUGCAACAUACCCUUUUGAGGUUGUGAGAAGACAGCUUCAGAUGCAGACAAGUGCUUCCAAGAUGAGUGCACUGGCAACUUUUGGGAAAGUUAUUGAGCAAGGUGGCGUUCCCGCUCUUUAUGCCGGACUUACUCCCAGCUUAUUGCAGGUUUUGCCAUCAGCUGCUAUAAGCUAUCUUAUGUACGAGUUCAUGAAGAUAGUUCUCAAAGUGCAGUGAUUAGACAAGAAAAUAAACAGGUUUGAUGCGU